AAAUUCCCCCCGACAAAAUUCUUUUGGUCAAGAUGGCAGCCUGCGGACUAGGUACACUUUACGGCCGACAUUUGCAAAUGUGAUGAGGGAGGUCACGUCGUGAGUUUAUUUUUUAAAGACGUGUGUGCCGCCGCCGCGCGAGAGAGAAAGAGAGACCGAUAGAAUCGAAUUGAAGCUUCAUCAUGGGGGAAGACCAGGACCAACAGUUCUGCCUGCGGUGGAACAACCACCCGACGAACCUGGCCGACGUUCUGAGCAGUCUGCUGCAGCGUGAGGCGCUCACCGACGUCACCCUGGCCUGCUCAGGCCACACCUUCAGGGCGCACCAAAUCAUGCUGUCCGCCUGCAGCCCCUACUUCGAGGCCCUUUUCCUACAGAAUACGCACCCCCACCCCAUCAUCUUCCUCAAGGAUGUCAACUUUGUCGAGAUGAAGGCACUUCUCCAGUUCAUGUAUAAGGGUGAGGUUAACGUGAGCCAGAAUGUGCUGCCACGCUUUUUGAAGACGGCUGAAGCGCUCAAGAUCCGCGGUUUGACCGACGGCAUGGGCGGCAACCGCAAGGAGGCCAGUUCUAGUGGAGGCGCUGUUGCAGCAGACAAGUCUGUGAAUGAACAGACGCGCACCUCUCCUCCUCCCGAGAAGAGGAAAAGACGGCACUCUGGCGGUGUCGUCGCACGCGCCAGCCCCAUCCCUAAUAAUGACCAUCAGAGCGACUCGCAGUGCAGCAGUUAUAAGAGCAAUUCAAGCCAGGCGGCCUCGUUGCUGGCCGGCGGCGAACUGUCGGUGGUGCCGCCGUCGCAGCUGGAGGCCGACCUGGAGCAGGAGGUGCUGGACGUAAACCCGGACGAACUAUCCAUUAAGGAGGAGGAGGACGACGAAUACCACGACGUCGAGGCCGUCAUGGCGCAGGACGGCAGCCAGGACGAGACGUUAGACUACAAGGACCUGACCAUGUCAGAGUCGAGAGACACGGGCCAACACCCUGGCCAAAGCAGCGACCCUCUCGACGGACUGGACGGCAUGGCAAACUUGACCUCGGAUAGCGACAUUAAAGAUCAGAAAUCCAUGUUUUUACGACUGCCGAACGGGCAGAAGCAGUGCAGACUGUGUUUCAAAGUAAUAUCGAACCUCAAGAACCACUACCUGUCUCACAACCCGGGCAACUACCCGUGUCCCUACUGCUUCCGGCGCUUCUCGCGUAAGGACAACGCCAAGCAGCACAUCCGACUCAAACAUCGCAUGGUGCCAGGAUACCUCGACGCCAAGAUUUAAUGCGAGACCCCCUUGGCCCCCCCGGUGCAGGAGGAGGAGGACGGAGGCUUUUUUCCAUCCACCCCCUCGCACUCUAACACGACUAACAACUGAACAGCAACCGACCCCCCGACUGGCGAGCUCGCUCGGACAAUAUUUAUUUUUCAAAGCGUCGAAACACUCUGUCACACACACUCUCUCUCUCUCUGAUUUCUGAGCUUGCGCAUCCUGACCAAAAAUAGCCAAGGGAGCUUCUGAUCAUUUCGCGUUCCAAGUGACCGACCGACCAACCAGAGACGUUCGUUCGUUGGUGUCUCGCAAGCACCACCAGCCGCCUCCGCAGUCGUUGGAUCUGUAAAUAUUAAUAAUUAGCGAUUCGAUUCUUGCCGCGCCAGCAAGACUGUAUAAACACGUAACUCGGUCUCUCUCUCACUCUCUUUAUUUGAUAAUCAAUCGACUAGAAGUGUGUGCCAUACCAAUACACUGCUACAGUUAAUUAUUGAAUUAAUUAAUUACCAUUAUACUUUUAGUUCGUACGCGUCAGCUGAAGGACAUGAUUUGUGUAUAACGAGUGUGCCAUUUAUAUUACUACCUUUCUUUCUUUUUAGUCUAACUCGGUUGUGUUUUUCUAUUCAUCUUCGUCGGUUUCCACCACAACGCGAAACUCACACACACACACACACAUCAAACGAUUUUGUACAAGUUGGAAUUCAUUGUUGUCUACUAGUCGAUUUCUCGCCAUUUUAAUUUUGUCCCACGUGCCAUAGCGUCCGCCUCUGUUUGCGACACUAAAAAAACCCCUUUUCCUUGUGCCGGAAGUAAUCGAAUUUAAUGAAUUUAGUCCUGCUCACCCUCCCCUCCGAGAAAGCGAGGGGAGGGGGCCGUGGUCGGAAAGCAGAGGCGUUCGCCGCGUCUAUGAUGAGUUCCCGUAUCGAUAUGAAUAUGUAUAAUGAUUAUUAAUAAGUUAGUGCGUUUUUUUAUCUCUGUGUGUGCUUAAUUUGCGGAUUUUAUUUUUAACUAAAAGAUGAGGGAGGUGUUUAAUCACAAAUUCUUAGAGUGCUAAUCGACCGACACACGUUGGAGAAUGAACGACGAGAUAUUUAGCUCUAAUUUUGUGAGGCUACAGUUUUUCAAAGUCACUCUUAAUAACGAUGUAGAUAAUUAUAUAUUAAUUAAUGCCGACGAAGAAAGAAACCUGUCUCUGUCUCAGUCUCUGUAUACGCGAACGAGGAGAGAUUAUUAAAAAAAGGUCGUAUCACCGCAACAAA